AUGCGAGACAGGGACGCAACAAUCAAGCUAGCCGAAGCCCUCAUCACCCAAUUUAUUCUCGAAGAGAAGGUUAUCAUGGUCACAGGCAACUCCUUCGCGGGCAACUGCAUCGGCGUGAUUGCCGCCGUCCCCCAUCUCGGCUUCAAAGGCAUCUGCAUGCUCGACGGGCCCAGCGCUGUCAAUCGCGCCGACUUGGUCAGCCUUAAGGGCAAGGGCGGCCACGGGGUUCCCGUAAUACAGACCUGUUCGAACCACUUGAUCGCCAACGAACAAGAGACACGACGCUCCAACACGGUCUCGUCCAACGGCACCGCCAUCAAGGCAAUCUCCACCAACGAUGACAACAGGGCCGUCCAGGAGCUCUACCUCUGGCCCUUUGCAAACACUAUCAAGGCCGAGACGACGACAAUCAUAACUUUUACGAGACGAACUCGGCUUCGAGGAUUCACCGUAUUGGACUGGUUCGCGACGCACUCUGCGGCAGACCCCAUCAACGCCAGCCUCGACCUCGAAAUGCCGGAUAUCAUACCCAGUGACUACCCCGGAAGCAUAAUCUUCUUCAGCGACAAAGUCUUUGAAGCCGUUGCCAACGGCACGGUCUCCGAGUCCCGCAGUGACGAUAUGACUCGCAGCUUUCUGACACCCGUCCCUCCGCCUUUCCUGCUCCGAGAAAUUGGCUUCGAGGUCGUAAAGGAAGGCGGCUCCAUCCCCGAUGACUUUGUCUUCACCCACGGCUGCGACCGCGGCGUGUAUCUGCCCCCUGCCCCCCCGGAAACCUGCCACGUGUUCCAGCCGACCUUGGCCAUCGAGGGCUUCGACCGCACAUCCUUUGCACUCGCCGGAAAUUUAACAACCGUGAUUGGCAACAUGGCUGACUUUUGCGGCACCACGGUCGUGAUGAUGCACACGGGCGGCGUGAACACCAUACCCUGGGCAAAUCAUACAAAGAUUGGUGCGACCCUGGCGGCGCAUUACCCGGGCCAAGAGAGCGGUCACUCGCUUGCAUGGCAGUCUGAUUUCACAGAGGAGUACAGCUGA